AUGUGCCACCUCAGCUGCCUCCUCUUGGGACUUCUUUUCAUCCUCAGCACCACCAGCACAGAUGGCUUUGCCCGGGCAGGCCGCAGGGUCUGUGCCCUGGCACCGCAGAGCAGCAGAGCUGCCUACACCGAGUCCCACGUGCAGCCCAUCUACCAGCCCUACCUCACCACCUGCCAGGGCCACCGAGUCUGCAGCACCUACAGAACUCUCUACAGGGUUGCCUACAGACAGGCAUACAGGCAGCUGCCUGAGCCUGUGGCCUCGUGCUGUCCUGGCUGGAGCAGAGUGAACAGCCACGCACUCAGCUGUAACAAAGCUCUCUGCUGGGUGCCAUGCCAGAAUGGUGGAACUUGUGCCUUCCCUGGAAGAUGUGCCUGCCCCCCUGGCUGGACUGGGCGAGCCUGCCAGACAGAUGUGGAUGAAUGUGCCAACCAGAGCCACGGCUGCAGCCAGCUCUGCAUCAACACGGCCGGGAGCUACCACUGCGCCUGCCACAAUGGCUUCAUCCUCACUGCUGACAACAAGGAGUGCCAGCCCCUGGUGCCAGAGCCUGGCAUGGAUCCCUUCAGCCAAGCAGGUCCCUCCAGUGAAAUGAGGGAGGAAAUGAAUGACCUGAGGAGCAGAGUGGAGGCGCUGGAGGAGAAACUCCAGCUGGUGCUGGCUCCCUUCCACAACCUCAUGCCAUCGGCGCCAGAGGAUGUUGGUGCAGACCCCAUCAGUCGUCUGUCCCACUCCCUCCAGCAGCUGGACAGAAUUGACUCCUUGAGUGAGCAGAUCUCUUUCCUUGAGGAGCGGUUGGAGACGUGUUCCUGCAAGAAUGAACUCUAG